AUGGUUAAGGACAACAUUGUCGUAGGUUAUUAUAUCCGGGAAAAGUCUAAGCAAGUCAUAACAUUGCUGAUGGAUGAACAGUUGCUGCAUAGAGAGAGGGAAGUAGCAUGUCGGACAAGACGGCGCACCUCCUACUCUAUGACAUUUCCUAAAAGAUUACCUGGUACAGCUAACUCACCAACAGCAUGUGCUUCUGCCCACACACCAGAAACUCCUGCUUCAGAGAAGAAACGUAAGCUUCUCAAGGUUGCAAGGCUACGUAAUAAAAAAAACGCUUCCAAGGCAGGAUUGAAACAAGAGCAGUGCCAAGACACUCAGCUGCCUAGUGGGACUGUGUUGUCCCAGGAAACACUACCAGUCAAGAUUAAUGCUUGGAAAUCCACAGAGGACCUGAUGUUAUUUUAUGAGGAUGAUCCGAAGCCACUUUUGCCGACAAUUCCUCCUUCCAAUAUCUCGUCAACUAAAUGGUUAUCAGAAGGGCCAGCAGACGUUUGUAACCUCUGGGAUGCAGAUGCUGUGCCUAGGGGCACAGAAAAGAGCCCAUCUCUGCAGACAAAUGUGAGUUUGGACAAGAAAUCAGACCAUACCAUUACAAAUACUGUAACCGAAUGCCCUUUGCAAAUGCCUCUAGAAAUGCAGUCAGCUGCAAGAACUUUUGAAAUGUUGACAGCUUUACCAUCAUUUUGGUCACCGGAUAAAGAAGAGUUUAUCAGCCCUAAUUUAAGGAUGUCAAAGUCCGAUUCUACUUUCUAUAAUCAAGCCUCUGUAGAGACACUCUAUGUCUCUCCCUCAUUUAAAACAUUUAACCCAGUGAAGGAGAUUGUAAGCAAUAAGGACUUUCAGAAGCUAACACAAUCCAGCAUUGCUCAGAUGGAUGAGGAAAACCUCAAGCCUGUGACCACAUGGG